GACCGACCACCACUUGAUCUAAACAGAUGGACGGAUGACAAAAAAAAAUAAAAAAAAAUAAAGCUCGACGUGUCAUUCCUUCUUCGACAUCAACGGAAAGGAAGCUUCUCUUCUCUUAUCGAUCUGUCUGUUUUCAAAGCUUAUUUGAGAGACUUCAUUUUCACCUUACAGCCUAUUCAUGUUCUCGAAGCAUCAACAAGGAACAGGCCUAGAGAAGAAGAUAUUAGCCCCUACACAGAGAUGCUCUCUGGUUUAGGACCCAACAACGAGGAUCAGGACAAGAUGGGCUAUAUCUCGAGGAAGAAGCAUCCUAUAACUGAAGAAGGUGAUGAUGAUCAGGACAACACCGGAAACAAGAAAGUUAAGACUAACAGUCCAAACACUGAAGCUGAUUCUUCUUCAUCUGACAACUCUUGUUUUGUGGCCUCUGUUACCGUUUCCAAUCUACAUGAAGAUUCUCUGUGUCUUCCUCCAGAUUUCACAAUCUCAAAUGGUUUUAAAAGAAAAUGCCGCAAGAUUGUUUUAGCAGAUGAAAGGGAAAGAUCAUGGGCGUUGGAUCUUAGGUUCAACAAAUCGUCUGAUACAUUCUAUAUAACCCGAGGUUGGAGAAAUUUCUGUGAAGAAAACGGCAAAAAAGCAGGAAGCUUAUUUAAGUUCAAACUAAUGAGAAACGGGGAAACACCUUUGCUUAGUGUCUGCCCUACAGAAUCUACCAGUGAUGGAACACAAGGAGACGAGAACAAUCCUCAAAGAUGUAGAGAUUCAACUUCACCCAACCAGAACCGAUUUGUGACUUUAACACUUACAAAUGAUAGCCUCAAAAGUAGUAGACUGUAUCUCCCAUUGCCAUUCUUGAAAGAAAACGGCAUGGACAAACCGGGUAUGGUAACUCUGUUGGGGAAAGACGGUACAAGGAGGCUGGCAAAUCUUCUACGGGAGAACUCAGGAAGAAUGAGUUUAGGAAAGGGCUUGAAAGAUUUUGCUAGAGCAAACGGAUUAAACAUGGGCGAUUCCUUCACAUUGGAGUUGAUCUGGGAAAAUGCAACUCCGGUGCUCAGUUUGCUCAGUACGGAGUUCAGAAGCCAGAACCGACUUGUGACUUUAACACUUACACAAGACAGCUUCAAAAACAGUAGACUGGGACUUCCAUUGCCAUUCAUGAGGGAAAACGGCAUGAACGAACCUGGGACGAUAGCUCUGUUGGGAAAAGAUGGUACAAAGUGGAUGACAAAUCUUCUACGAGAAAGCCAAGGAAGAAUGAGUUUGGGAAAGGGCUGGAAAGAUUUUGCUAGAGCAAAUGGUCUAGAAAUUGGUGAAUCCUUCACGUUGGAGUCGAUCUGGGAAGGUGCAACUCCUAUGCUCGGUCUCUCUAGUAGAGAGUCCAAAAGUGAGAAAGUAUCUGUUUCCACCGAACCUAAUAUUGGAAACGAAACCAAGAAAGAUGAAAAUAACAUUGAGGAGUAAUGCAUCUUCACCAGUCCAAAACUGAUUCAUGACACUAGCUAGCACUUUGGUAAAUUUAUAAAACUAGAUGGUUUAAAAAAAAUAAAAUUAGAUGUUUUGACUGUACAUGCGGGCUUAAUUAUUUUACAAAUAUUUAUCAGUAAAUAAACAUUAAUUCAAAGACCAGCAGAAUAUAUUUUAUUUAUAUUCUCAAUUAAAAUUAAAUUUAACAUCA